CCACCUUCUCCAUGUGGGAAUUGCGACUCGAGAGUCGAGAGUCGAGACCAACGAUAGAAAUUAGAAAGGUAAUUUCCACAUGAUAUUGUGAGAAAACCUUAUCCUUUCAAAUAGCACACACCUGCUUGGCAACCACAAAACACACUCACCUCAUUUCCUCGCCAGGACAAAAACAUGGCAACCUUUCACUUCACUCCAUCUCCAACCCUCACUCUGCCUACGCAAAACCACCCCACCAAACUCUCUGCUGCAUUCCAGCUCAACCCGCGGGCUCGGCGCGCCAGCUCAAGCCGGUUCUUCUCUGCCAUUGUCAGGUCAUACAAAGUAGUCAUCGAGCACCAGGGUCAGACCACGGAGCUGGAGGUGGAACCCGACGAGACCAUUCUAUCCAAGGCGCUCGACUCUGGCCUGUCUGUGCCGCACGACUGCAAGCUUGGAGUAUGCAUGACUUGCCCGGCUCGGCUUGUGAGCGGCUCGGUUGAUCAGAGCGAAGGUAUGCUCAGUGAUGAUGUGGUGGAGCGCGGGUAUGCGCUCUUGUGUGCGGCGUACCCACGUUCGGAUUGUCGGUUUAGGACCAUUCCUGAGGAUGAGCUGCUGUCAUUGCAAUUAGCAACAGCUAAUGAUUAAAUCUCGGAUUUGUUGAUUAAGUAUAUCUUGAACAUGUUGGUCUCAAAUUGUUGAAUGGGUCAGUCUUUGCUUCUCACUAUAAAUCAUUUUCUGUGCCGCUUUCCGUUAAUGUUUGUGUCAUCAUCUUGGUUCAAGAUUAAUGGGAUGAGCUCCAAUGGAGAAUUGGAAUA